AUGACGUUACAAGUACAAUCUUGUGCCUUCUACCUGCCGAGCUACUACAGUCGGCAGCUGCCUCAUCUUACUUUACCUAAUAUUAAUGUUGUGAGCGAUUCUUCUGGAAGCGUCACCGUGUUCGCGGUUCAAGACAAGCUGGACAAGCUUGGCACGUGGAACUGUCACGGGUUCGAAGCGUGGAUCGCCGCUUUCAACUAUUGGAACCCAGAUGUGUUCUAUUCGGGCGGCGACGACUGUCUGUUCAAGAGCCACGACGUGCGUGCGGGCGGCGCGGUCUGCAGCCGCGCCCACGAGGCCGGCGUCACCAGCGUGCGGAGCAGUGUGGAUGUGGAACACCAGCUGUUGACUGGCAGCUACGAUGAAAACGUUCGCCUGUGGGACGCGAGGGCCCUGAAGCGGCCAGUCACCGAGACCAACGUGAAUGGGGGCGUAUGGAGGCUGAAGUACCACCCCCGCCGGCCGGCGAGCGUGCUGGCCGCCUGCAUGUAUGGCGGGUUCCGUACACUCAACGUAGAGGGGGAUUCUGUCACUGUGGUGAAUGAAUACAUGGAGCAUGAGAGCAUAGCGUAUGGCGCGGAUUGGAAGUUCAGUGAAGAUGAGAAUAUGGUAGCCACUUGUUCCUUCUAUGAUUGUAAACUACAUGUUGGAAAUAUUGUAUUUGAAGCGUAAUAAAAACAUUGUUGUUCCUU